GGCUACUUCGAUUCGAUGUGUUGUAGAGGACCCCUCUUCGCUUCGCACACACAGCUUCGAACUCAGUCACCUACCUACCUACCUACAGAAUGUAGUCCAUAUUGGGACACAAUUUUACACUCAAUGAUCGUCACUUCGAAACAGCUGCGCAGCGCUCCGUACCGUCGUCAGUGCCUUGGUAUGAGUCGCCCUACACCAGCAACGACAUCAACAACGACGACGCAACACUACGACGACCUGGCUGUGGCCCGUGUCUGUUUGUCUGUUUUUGCAGGUUGAGCGAGUCUCUCCGAGGUGAUCUCUGCGAGCUUUUGGGUAACGAUGCGAGUUUCGAAGUGGCUCUCGACCGGACCGGAUUAGCGAAUCGCGUUUAGUGUGCUCGUACCUUCAUGGGAGUCGCAAACGGCGCGGUAGCAUUCCAAGUUUUUAUGUGUUACAACUAGCGGGUCGUCGGUCUUCCCGGUUUUUUUUUGCUCUUGCCCUGAGCCCUAGUGUCUAGUAUACGGUACCUGACAGGGUUGAUAGAAGUGCAUGCGAAUCGAGUUUGUGACCUAACCGUACUCUGAAUGAGCGAGUGGAUCAUGAUGUGAUAUCUCCUACAGUAGUGCAAAGAGUCAUUGGCUGAUGGUGUGUCUGAAACGUGAUUCGGUUCGUGGCUCGGCGAGACGUGUGCGGUGAAAGGUGAAGGUGCGCCGGAAAUAGUGGGUGAAAGGGGGUCGUAUAGCCCCCCUAAUAUGCAUUGAAUGUGCGACGAUGCGGGAAAGUUGUCACGUCAACUGCAACGGUAUGCAAGCAGCGAAUCUCGGUAGCCAAGCGGGAAGACCAUCAUCGUAGUGAACUAAAGCAGCAAGCAUCGCCAACAGGAGGUAGUGUUUACACUGUCGAACGAAAAUGUGAAGCUUUUGAUGUGCUAACAAAUUGCUUAAACAAUCGACCUCUCGUCAUCGUCUCCCGUCGCAGUAGGCUAGAUAUGCACACAAAGUGAGAGCGUGCGAUAAUCAAACGGCUUUGUGAGUUUUGAAGUGAACAGAGGCAAGGCUAACUCGAUUAGACGCGAUAAUAACCUUCAAACGAGGAAGACGCGAAGUGAGUGCGGCAAAAAAAAUCGCUUAUCAGCAGUAGACGUGACGCGCAUUGUGCGUAAUUUUGUUGUUUUCUAAAUAAACGGCCGUUUCCAGGGAAACCCUACUUACACUAAAACCACCGGAUUUGACAAAAAAAACAAGUGGACUACUUCCCGUCCAAACUGCCAUUGCUGUCUGUUAUUAACGGUAAAGAUCACUUUCGGAUUGGUAAAUUUUCUUUUUUCCUCACCACCCGUUCCCUCAUCAUAGGCCCAGACGGCAGUCAGUGACUCUGCCUACUGGUAGGAGCGGAAAUUGAUAUUCCACCGCCAUCGCACCUUCUCCAUUGAUUGUCGCACAAAUCGCACCGGGGAGGACUGACAUUUACAAAGCAAAGCAGGCUAGUACCACCUAUCGCCGGCCGCCUGUGCUCUGUGGUAGGGUGGGGCCGUAUGCCGGCCGCAUGUGAGGGGGCGUAUGUGUGAUAGCUAUUUGCCGGAUCGCAGUUUUUUUUUAUCGAAUAUUCAUUUCGAAUGACAUCAUUACAACAGACAACCAGCCAUCCAGCUAAAGUGAAAAGCAGUAAAUAACCGCCCCAAACCACCCCACUGUGUGUGUCGGUGGCUGCCGUCGUCGCGCGUAUCGUCCGUCACGGCAUACUUAGACCGAUAGAUUUUCGCAUAGAGUCUGCACCUCCGCACCUCGUGCGAGUGGUUAGGGAGAAAAAAUAUGAGCGCUGCCGUCAGCGCCGAUCACACCAUGUUCGGCGACGGGCUCGAGAAACACAACAAUAACAAUAACAGUAAUGGUGAUCGCGAGUCGCGAAAUAAUAAUGGCACCCACGCGUUUGAGACAAUUUCGGAGUCUACGACGACUUCGGCCAGCAGCAGUUCCAUCUUCAAGAGCUCAAUGACCACCACCGCCAGCAAUGUGAGCCGCUCCUCGUCGUACCAUUUGCAGCAUCUCAAAAGCGCCUACGGAGCGUCGGAGGAAAUGCUGGAAACGGAAAAGGCCAGCCUAGUGGAGCGCGUGAACGACCUGGAGCGAAUAGUGCUAGAGCAGAAAGACGAAAUCGUUUGUCUGAAAUCCACGUUGGCUGACGUGCUGCGACGGUUGAGUACCAUCGACAACAGCUAUGACAACGCCAAGAACACCGAAGGCAGCUCACACAGCGGUUCGGUGAUGUCCAGCAAAAGUUUUCGGUUUUCGCGGAACACCAUCACUAGAUUGAACUCCACCGUCGAUGAGAAACGAUUCGGUCGGGUACCAUCGCGGGUGACCAGUUCGCCAUCGCGAAGCAUGUCCACAGCCAAAGCCAGCAGUCUGGCGCAAAAAGCAAUACACCAUUCCAACGGGUCGUUGCAUUCCGACUCGAUGAGUAGCCAUUCGAUAUCGCCUGCCCCGUCGCCAUCGCCCAAACAGCCAAACAUGCAGAAUCUGUCCGCUUCGGCGGCCGGAAUCGGGGGAGUGGGUGGUGUUGGGAUGGGCGGUGGCAUGGGCAAGCGGUGGAGCUCCACUGGGGACUUUGUGAGCGGUUCGCCGGGACCAGCGGGCAGCAAUACCGGUAACAGCAUGUCGCGUUUCUCCACCAAGUCCCUCCUGAAUCUGAACAGCAGCCUCAGCGGCAACGGUCCGAAGCAGGCCGGAUCGCACGCGUACGUCCAACGGCGGGACGACGACGAUUAUCUUAAGCUCUACAUCAGUGGCCGUCCCAUAGUGCUACACAUUCCAGAAGCUCAAAUUAGUUCGUACGAAACGACCAAGGUCCAGCCGGCUCCGAACAAACGCCUCCGGCUGGACUGGGUCUACGGGUAUCGGGGUAAGGACUGUCGGUCGAACCUGCAUCAGCUUCCGACCGGCGAAAUGGUGUAUUUCGUUGCUGCGGUGGUCAUCCUGUACAACAUGGACGAGCAGUCCCAGCGACACUACGUUGGCCAUACUGACGAUGUCAAGAGCUUAGCAGUGCAUCCCAACAAGCUAUUGGUGGCGACGGGGCAAUGUGGAGGCCAUGAAGGAAGGGAUACGCUUCCCCAUAUACGAGUGUGGAACUCCGUAUCGUUAGCGACGUUGAACAUGAUCGGACUGGGAGACUUUACCGGAGCGAUCAACUGUUUGUCGUUUAGUCGGGCGGAUAGUGGGACGAUCCUUGCGGCGAUCGAUGAUUCACCGGACAAGAUCAUAUCAAUCUGGGACUGGCAGAAGAAGGAGAAUGGAAGAAGGAUCACCGAAACCAAAUGCUCGGUGGACACGAUCGUAGCCGUGGAGUUCCAUCCGCUCGACAAAGGGCAGAUCAUUACGAUCGGGAAGAAUCAUAUCGCGUUCUGGUCGUUGGAUCAGAACGGCAUGUUGUACAAGCGGAUGGGAGUGUUUGAAAACCGAGAGAAGCCCAAGUACGUGACGGCGAUAUCGUUUACUCCUGCCGGAGACGUAGUGACGGGAGAUUCGAAUGGAAACAUUUCCAUUUGGCCCCGUGGAACAAACGUGAUCAGUCGAUUCUUGAAAAAGGUUCACGAAGGAUCGAUCUUCUCGAUAUGUGCGUUGCGGAACGGAGGGUUUGUAUCCGGAGGUAAGGAUGGUCGAUUGGUUCUGAUGGAUGACUCGAUGCGGUUAAAGUCGGAACAACUAGUCGAAGCACAUUUUGGAGCAGUCAGAGUUGUUACUCAAGGAAAAGGAUCACAGCUGCUCAUUGGGACUACGAAAAAUUGCAUUCUGUCCGGUGACUUCACCCUGGGACUUGUACCGAUCGUAAUGGGUCAUACAGAUCUUCUGUGGUCGUUGUCGUCACAUCCUCAGGUGGCACAGUUUGUAACCGGUGGACGUGAUCGACUUCUGCAAUUAUGGGACUCUUUGUCACAUUCUGUAGUGUGGAGUAAAGAUAUCGGAGAGCCUAUCCAAACGGUGCAGUUUUCGAACACCGGAGACACGAUCAUAGUUGGAGGCGUUGGAGGGCGAUGGAUGGUUUUCGAUACGGUGACAAGAGAACUGUUGGCCGUCUAUCAGGAUGGACAGGACGUUAUUCAAACGAUCAAAUUCUCCCCGGACAGCAACUUGUUGGCUCUGGGCUCGAAGGACUGUGGCAUAUACAUCUAUCAAUGUACCAAGGUGCCUCAUCGGUUCUCCAAGAUUGGAAAGUGUGCGGGUCAUUCGAGCUUUAUUUCCCACAUGGACUGGUCUAAAGAUAGUACAGUGUUGAGGUCAAACUCGGGAGACUACGAACUACUCUACUGGAACCCAACGCUCUGCCGCCAAAUAACAACCCAGAGUACGGUGAAGAACCUCGAAUGGGCCACCCAGUCGUGCACGGUGAGCUUCGAGACGGUUGGAAUAUGGCCGGAGAACUUUGACGGCACGGACAUCAACAGCGUCUGCAAAGACGGGGAAGAGCAAUUUCUGGUCACAGCCGACGAUACCGGCAAAAUACGGCUGUUUAGCUAUCCGGCCUCGCAACCAAAGUCAUUGUCGCAUGCCUACCGAGGUCACAGUAGUCACGUAACGGCCGUAAAGUUCAUGCAUGAUGGCGUCCGGCUUCUGUCGGCUGGUGGAUUGGACACAAGUGUACUUCAGUGGCGCGUGGUCUAAGUAGGCUGCCGAGAUACAGAGUCGCAAUCGAACGGAAACACAAAACGACGACAAACAACAACAAAAAAAAAACGCAGUACUAAUUGUUACAUUAGUAUUUAAAUUUACACCAUAUGCCUCUUUAUUUAUUAGCUCUACACUUUUUUUUUUCUUAUCGGUCGAUUCAAAUGAACAAAUUAUGCAAGUAAAAAUAUACAAUACACUCCCUCCCCCAAUACUAAGUGAUACAACAGUUGUUUAAUAUUAUUCUAACAGUGCGCAUUUUAGAGCAGAAAAUAAAUUAUUGUACUUUUUAUUCGACAGAGAAUAAUGGAUUCGAA